UUUUCACAUUGCAUUCUCUUCUCCCUCUCCCUCUCCUUCGUCACCAUCACCAUUCACCACUACCAUCUAACCCUGCAACUCACCUCUCAUCUCUCUCUCCUCACACUCACAUUCACAUUGCUUCAUUUCUUCACCCCAUUUUCUCAAACACCCUUUUCCCCUUCUACCCUUUUUCCCACUUUAACCUUUCUUUCUGCUCCAAAUCUAUACCCUGAAAGCAUCACAGUAGUAGCACCCUCAAGUCCACACCAUUUUCACUUUCUUCCACUCACACCUUCCAUUAACUCAUACCCUUCAUCUUCAUGCCUUUCCCACUCAUCCAAGCAGCAUAGUAGCAGCAUCCUUAAACCUGUGUUGUUAAUUUCUAUGUUUUCAAGUACCCUUUAGCCCAUUACCCUUUGAGCUAAGUUGCUGGGUGCUAAGACAACAAGGGACAAAAAAAGGUACAAACUUUCCAUCUGGGUCAUGGGUUUUCAUGCACUCAAGUUGAACAUUUCCCUGUUCUGAGCUCUGGCUUUUUUUUCUAUGCUUGAUUUUCUCAGAUCUCUCUUACCCUCUCUGAAUCAGAAAAUGCUAAGCUAACUCCUUUCAGCUACCAGCAAUGUUAUGCAAAAUUGUCUCUUUUCAUUCUGAUUUUGUUGUUGGUCUCAUCUUCUAGUUCUGUUUUUGAAAUCAAUCUGUGACAUUCGAGGGUUCGUUUAGGGAUUGCACUCUACAAAAUGUGCUUCUUGUUGGUCUAAUUUCGGUCCUGUCUGUACCUAAAGUUCCAAUUUUUAGCACUAGAAUUCAUCUUUUGCUGCUAUUUUAUACACAAUUAAGAAAGGGUUCCACUUUGGAGUUUCCUUUCUUCAUUUUGCUGCUAUUAGUCCUACAUGAGUCUCAAAACUUCCAAUUUCAAGUUGCUUUGUUAAAUUGGUUGUGCUGUGGUGGAAAGUUUGUUGAAGGUUUCAGUAAUGGUUAUGGUAGCAGUGUGUGGUGGUGGCUUGUGGACUUCUGAGCUUUGGACUAUUCCAUAAGGUGUUUGGUAUAAUUAAAUUGCCAAGGAGGGAUUCAACAUCUUUUGCUUGUAAAAGUGACUUGGUCAAUAGAACUCAUCAUUAUAUAUCUGUGAAUUUGCCCCUCUGAGGAUAUAUAGGUAUGCUUGAACAGGAGUGUCUUCUUAGAUCAGCAUUGUUGCUAUGUAUUUUUGUUGGCUUCUUGGUACAUCCUGUUGUGGCAGCUGUGAUACCGUUGGGUUCGAAACUUUCUGUGAUUGACAACAAUUGUUGGGUUUCCUCCAAUGGGGAUUUUGCAUUUGGGUUCUUCAACAUUUCAGAUGAACCUAACCAGUUUAGUGCUGGCAUUCGUUUCAAUUCAAAGUCUAUGCCAUAUAGCAAACAACCAGUGGUUUGGGUUGCUGGUGCUCAUGUCACAGUAAGCAACAGGUCAUAUUUCCAACUCACUCCUGAAGGGGAACUUGUCCUGUUUGAUUCCUUACAAGGAGUCACUGCAUGGACCAGCGGAACGCGCAACCGAUCCGUUGUUUCAGCGUCUCUUCAUGAUAAUGGCAACCUUGUUCUUCUAGACACCAAGCAAAACAUCAUUUGGCAAAGUUUUGAUACUCCAUCUGAUACACUUCUCCCAGGGCAGAGUUUAUCUGUUUAUCAGACACUUCGGGCUUCAACCAAGAAUCCCACAGCUAGUUACUACACUCUUUUCAUGAAUGCUUCUGGUCAGAUGCAGCUUCGCUGGGAGAGUAAUGUUAUAUACUGGACUAGUGAAAGCCCCUCCUCAGCUUCAAAUCUCACUGCAUUCCUUACAACUGGUGGAGCUCUGCAACUUCGAGACCAAAGUUUGAAACCUAUUUGGACAGUGUAUGGAGAGGACCAUAAUGAUUCCGUGAACUACCGGUUUCUUAGGCUAGAUUUGGAUGGCAAUCUCCGCUUAUACUCGUGGACUGAAACUUCACAGUCAUGGAGAUCAGUCUGGCAAGCUGUUGAGAACCAGUGCAAGGUCUUUGCAACAUGUGGUCAGCGCGGUGUCUGUGUCUUCACUGCUUCCGGUUCUGCUGAUUGCAGGUGCCCUUUUGAGGUUACCGAGACUAACAAGUGUUUCGUCCCAUAUGAACAGGAUUGUGAAUCUGGCUCCAGUAUGAUGUCGUAUAAGAACACUUAUCUAUAUGGAAUUUACCCUCCUGAUGAUCCAGUAUUCAUAAGUAAUUUGCAGGAAUGUGAGAAGUUGUGCUUGAAUGACACACAGUGUACAGUUGCAACCUUUUCCAACAAUGGUAGUCCCCAAUGCUCCAUUAAGAGAACUAAGUAUAUUACUGGCUAUGCAGAUCCAUCUAUAAGCUCAAUUUCAUUUGUUAAGAAGUGCUCAGGUCCAUUUGCUGUGAAUCCUAACAUCAUGAAGUCACCUCCACUAAAACUGCCUCGUAGGCUAUGUGUUACUUGUCUAAUGGAAGCAUUCUCCGGAACACUUUUCAUCUUUGCGAUCCUCCAGCUGGGAAUUGUUUUCUGCAUCUGCCGAAGAAAGAAAAACUCUACUAUGAGAAAUGUCACUUUGGCUUUGACACGCCCGAAUUCGAAGGCUUUAGUCGUGUUAACCUUCUCAGAAAUCAAAAGCCUCACUCGGGAUCUCCAGAAUCAAAUUGGGCCAAACAUGUUCAAGGGCGUGCUACCAAGCAAUCGCCCUAUUGCAGUGAAAGACCUGGACGCAUCCAUAGAAGAAAGGAAGUUCAGGAGUGCGGUUUUAAAGCUAGGGAGCAUCCACCACAAGAACCUUGUGAAGCUGGAGGGUUAUUGCUGCGAGUUUAACCAUAGGUUUUUGAUGUAUGAAUAUGCUGAUAAUGGUUCACUGGAUAAGUACUUGGAUGAUUCCACUCUGUGCAAGAGGCUAACUUGGAGAAAGAGGGUUGAAAUAUGCUCAAGUGUGGCAAAGGCCAUCUGUUAUUUGCAUUCUGGGUGCGUCGAGUUUGUAAGCCAUGGAAAUUUGCGAUGUGAGAAUGUGAUAUUGGAUGAGGAUGCAGUGGCCAAGGUGUCUGAAUAUGGGUUUGCAAUAGUGGAUGGUGUGGCCACAUAUUGUGGCUUUUCAGCUGAAAAAGAUGUAGAGGAUUUUGGCAAGCUAGUGUUAGCCUUGUUGACGGGACGCCUCCGAGAUCGUCGACAACUUUGUGAGUGGGCAUAUGAAGAAUGGAUCGAAGGUAAUGCAGCAACUAAUGUGGUUGAUAAAAGGAUUGAAGGCGGUGCUGAUUCAGAGGAACUGGAGCGUGCUUUAAGAAUUGCAUUCUGGUGCGUUCAAAGGGAUGAGCGUAGAAGACCUUCUAUGGAGGAGGUAGUGAGAGUGCUGGAUGGUACUUUGAAUGUUGAUCCGCCACCGCCUCCAUUUGCCUUUCAGGGGUCAUCAUUACAUGAAGAUGAUGCACCAGAAAAUGGUUCAGAAUCAGUGCUUCAGUAGUGUUUAUGCCAGCUCAAAUUUUAAGAGCUUCUUUUCAUUUACUUUUCAUGUUUAGUUGUUACCUUCAUUUGAAAAGUGUAUAGUAGGACUAACAUCUAGGUGAAAAGUAGCCAUGCCUUUUAUUUUGUCUCUCAAGCUAGCUAUAUGUGGCAGUGACUGUAAACUCUGAAUUCUAAGUUGUUCAUUUGAGUUUUGCGGUUUCUGCCUGAAA